AUGUCGGCAGGGAACCACACCGUGUACUCGCACCUUUUCCGGCCAUGCCGCGUAGGCCAGCCGACCAUGAAGAACCGUAUGGUCAUGGCACCGCUGACGCGGUGCCGCGCCGAUGACAACCACGUGCCCACUGCCAUCAUGGCGGAGUACUACGGCUCUCGGGCCUCGAUGGGGAUGAUUAUCACGGAGUCUAUCAUGGUUCAGCGCAACUACUCAGGCUUCGCGUAUGAGCCCGGCCUGUACUCGGCAGAACAGGUGGAAUCGUGGCGCACUAUCACAGAGGCCGUUCACGCACGUGGUGGGCUGAUCGCAGCUCAGCUUUACCAUCCAGGCCGCGCCACCACACCGGCAAACCUCACGUCAGGCGACUUGGCUCCGAUGGGCCCCUCCGCGGUGGGCAUUCCUCCCGAGGCGGAGCAGUGCAUUGCGCAGUGGAGUCGUGACGGCAAGGCUCAGGCCUACCCACAGCUCAUCCAUGCCAUGACACCGGCCGAGAUCGGCGCUGCGGUGAAGUCCUUCACACGCGCGGCUCUCAACGCAAUGGCGGCCGGCUUCGACGCGGUGGAAAUUCACGCCGGUGGCGGUUACUUGCUCGACUCGUUCCUGCGGGAUUCGUCGAACCAGCGCACCGAUAAGUACGGCGGCAGCGUGGCGAACCGCUCUCGCUUUCUGCUGGAGGUCCUCGACGCAGUUGCAGCGGCAAUCAAGCCAGAUCGCGUUGGUGUGCGACUGACCCCGCUGGACACCUUCAAUGGCCAGAAAGACAGCCAUCCCGAGGCACUCACCGCGUACGUGUGCGAGCAGCUCGACGCUCGCAAAAUUGCCUUCGUCGACGUCGUCCGUGGUGACCCGAGGGCCAAUGUGCCAGGGAGCGCAGAGGUGUGGGUACGCCGCUCCUUCGGUGGCGCUGUCUUGGCGAGCCACGGGUACACAUCGCUGGAGAUGGCCGAGCAGGCGAUCGCGGACGGAACUGUCGACGCGGUGCUCUUCGGCAUGCAAGCCCUCGCGAACCCCGACCUCGUCUGGCGAGUGCUCACAAACACCCCGCUUAACCGCGCCCAUGCGCCGACCUUCUUUACCCGGGGCAGCAAGGGGUACAUUGACUACCCCAUCUGCGAGCCGCACAGCUUCUCCGAGCCGCACGUUGUGGCGGGCAUCACGAUCCCCUCUGAGGGGAGUAAAGGCAGUCGCUUGUCAUGCCAGCGCGCCACCGCCAUGCCAAUGCCAGCGAAGGGGCGUCCGUACGUUUCAGUAUCGCAGCCGCUGCUUCUUGGCGCGACGACGAUGAAGAACCGUCUGGUCAUGGGGCCGAUACCUCGCCAGCGCUGCGACGAGCAGCAGUGCCCGACGGCCAUGAUGGUCGCCUACUACGCGCGCCGCGCCAGCUACGGUCUCAUUAUCAGCGAACCGUGCGAGGUACAGCCUGGCUACCACACGUAUGUUCGGGGUGCAGGCAUCUCGACCAAGGCGCAGGUGCUGGCAUGGCGCCAGGUCACGGAUGCCGUCCAUGAGAAGGGUGGCGUUAUGUACUGCCAGCUGCACCACGGUGGCUGGGCCACACUGCAGUGCAACAUUACCAGCGGCACAGACACGCGGGCUGUCGGCCCCACAAUGCAGGGCAUCUCACCUGACUGCCGCUGCCCAGCCGCCUUCGCCGCGGACGGAAAGGUCCAGUCGUACCCUGUCGAUGUGGUGGCGCUGAGCGCGGAGAGGCUCAAGUGGAUUGUGCAGCUGUACGUUGCGGCUGCAAAGAACGCGAUGCUGGCUGGCUUCGACGGUGUCGAAAUCCACGCUGGUGGUGGCUACUUGAUUGACCAGUUCCUGCGUAGAUGCAGCAACACCCGUAAUGACGACUACGGCGGCUCGCCUGCCGACCGCUGCCGCCUGCUGGACGAGAUUGUCGACGCAGUGGCUGCGGCCGUCGGUCGGCGGCGUGUCGGUGUGCGUAUAUCACCUACGGACCUCUCCAAGGGGAUGAAGGACACCGAUCGGGAGGUGGUGACAGAGACUGUUGCCACGCAUAUGGGGGAGCGCAAGAUUGCUUACAUUACCGUGGCGAGCGGCAGUGACGGCUACUACCACGGCCCAAUGCCGGCUUCCCUCCUGCAGACGGCCCUUCGCUGCUUUGGCGGCGUUGUCUUGUGUGACGACAACAUAAGCCUGGCCGAGGCAGAGAAGCGCAUAGCGACUGAUGCAGUGCAGGGCGUGUGCAUCACACUGGGUGCAAUCGCGAAUCCAGACAUAAUAAACCGAGCCAUCCACGGCGCUGAGCCCGACGAGUCGGACCUGUGCACCCUCUUCACCCACGACAGCGACGGCUACGACUCGUAUCUCACGUAUGCCGAGAUGCGGAAGGAGGCACGGGUCGGCAAAGCACGCCAGUCGGCGGAGAACAGUGCCAGCCACCCCCCUGCGAUGUUGAACUGCGUCACUUGUGCUGCAGCUGACAAUGACAGCGCGACUCUCAACUCCCCCACUACGCACAAAUCACACGGUGCGGUCAAGUCGGCCAGCCGAGGAACCAAGUCAACUCCCCCCUACGCAGGACACCGGGAGCAGGCGCGUCUCCACUGCUGCCCAUUCGGUCAGCGCGGAGUUCAACCGGGGACCUCAGGCUUUGCUUCGCCCUGA